UGAUUGGCUGUUCAUCUUUGCAUUAAAGAGAAAAUAUCUUUUGCUCGGAGUUGCUGUUGAAGCUGUUUGUAGUGAACGUCAAUGGAGGACUUGGAGGGCUGAAGUUAAGAGUAAGAGAGAUGUCUGUGGAGGCAGAGUCAUUGCUGCAGGAGGUGAAGGAGUGUAUUGAAGCAGCUCAGAACUACAGGACUGAACUGCAGCAGAGAAUACAGGGACUGAGCCAGGCACGCAAACAGGUGCGAGGAAGCUCCACCCACACUCGCGAGGUCUUGAAACGUCAUUUUCAGGAUCUCCAGACCACGCUGAGCCGUUUGCUAAAUGAACGACUGAACGCGCUCCUACAGGAAGUGGAUGCCAUCGAGCAGGACAGCAUCAGUCCACUAGAUGACUGCCAGAAACUCAUCGAGCAUGGCGUCAAAAUGGCGGACGAGCUCUUGCGUGAAGGUGAAGCUGCGAUACGUUGUGGGAUCAGUGACCGAGAGGACAAACUGUGCAGCUUUGCAAAAAAAGCUCUAAACAUCCAACUGGACAGCCUCCCCGAGGUGCCGGCGCUGGUGGACGUGCCAUGUGUGUCGGCGCAGUUGGACGACUCGUUGUUGUGUGUGAUGCAGGAGCGAGUGGUGCGUCAUGGGAGUGUGUCAUCACACCCACCUGUACAGAUAGAGGAGCUGGUUGAGAGAGCGGGUGGAGUGCUGGUGCGCUGGAGCAAGGUGGAUGAGGACUUCUUCCCUCAGGAGUACAGACUGCAGUACAGACGCAGUAGCUCCACCCACUACGAAGACGCCUACAUCGGGAGUGAGUGUGAGUUUCUGCUGCUGCACCUGGACCCUCACACGGAUUACCAGUUCCGAGUGUGUGCACGGGGCGAGGGACGCACUGAGUGGAGCCCAUGGAGCGUCCCACAGACCGGAUACACAACACUCACAGCGCACGAGUGGACUGCAGGCGUGGACGGCUACAUUCUGAGCAGCAGGAGGAACAUGGCCCUGCGCAGUGACUCGUCUUCACCGAGCUGCACUUCUGUGCUUUACUCCAACUCGCCGUCUUACUUCUGCGGACAAACGCUCACCUUCAAGAUUACAGCAGCUGGACAGAUAGAUAAGCGUGACAGUGUGGGUGUGUGUGUGGAUAAACGCAGUGAUGCAGAAUCUCUGCAGAGGGACCAGGCUGUCUGUAUCUCCACUAACGGUGCUGUAUUCGUUAACGGGAAAGAAAUGACCAAUCAGCUUCCCGCCGUCACCAUCGGCUCAGCCAUCACCUUCGACAUGGAAGUGGUCAGCGUUUUUCCCGGCAACAACAACAACCCAAGUGAUGCGAGCAGCUUCAAGCUGCGGGUUACGAUCGGUUCAGGGAACAGGGAGGUGGUUUUCGAUUGGCUGCUCGACCAAGUUGUGGACUGCCUCUUCUUCGGCUGUUCCUUCACACACCCCGGCUGGAAAGUGCUGGUUUUCUAGAUGCCACAAUUCCUUGUUUUGCUGAUGUGCUUUUCUUAGAUUUGUAUCUUGAUGUCAAAGCUGUUUACAGUGUUUACUCACAGCACACAUACGAUUAAUCACACAGUAGAGUUGUUUUUUUGUUUUUUUAUCUUGCUGUCCAGCCACCAUGCUAAAUGUUGAACUGUCUGUUAUUUCAUUUUAACCCCAAGCACAUGAUUUUUUUUUUUUUUUAAACCAUUUAUUGUUUGGGCUACUGGGUGACCUAUAGAAGGAGGAAGAAGAGGAGAAGCUUGUAAUAUUGAAUGAUUUGUCAAUGCCAGGAAUGUUAAGAAAGUUCUUCCCAGGUUAACUUGUUAGAACAAACGCAAUAACAACGAGAGAUGUGCUGCAUACUCACCUUUAAAUGCUAACAUCUUUUUAAUGAGCCAACAGCUAACGCUACCACAAGUGAGCAAAAAGAUGUGAUCGCAAACUAUCCUAGCUGACCAGAAUGUGCUGUGAUGACCUUGCCCUUGUCAUGCUGGUUACAAUACUGUAUCACUCUCAUGGUUACCUACACUGUUUACUCCCAAGGUCCCAUGGAUUCAUGCAGCUGACCAGGGUUGACGUCCAUUAGUUCUCUGCUCUUCUACUUGUGUUUCCUGAUCAACAGAGAUCAGAAUCAGAAAAACAACUAAAAACAUCUAGCAGUCUAGUCAGCUUCACUGAUGCCGUAUUCAUAUCCAAGGAUGUACCCGGCUUGCUCAUUUUGAACAGGAACACUGUUUAAAAUAAAAAUCUGUUUAAAACUCUGAAAGAAAAUAAUCAGAGAUGCGUGUUAAGAAACAGUCCGACUAAUGCAAAGAAUCUUAAGGACCUUAAUAUUUUAAAGAUGUGCCUGAAAAAAGUAAUUCAUUUAAACAUUUGCACUCGUCUCUCGAGAACAGGUGUGUUUGAGGUUUUUAUAGAUCACAAAAUGCUGCAGACUUGAGUUGCAGAGCAUGCUGGUUUACCGCACAAGCUCAAUUGCACAUAUUUGAGGUCGCUUCCUUUUUUUUUUACCCCCCCCCUCUCUCUCUUCACAGUAACAAUGAAUUUUUCCCCGUGCUAAUGCUUUGGGAUAUGGACUGAAAUGAAACAGGUGCAAAACCAGUGUGAAUUAUUGUGUUUCCCUCGACUGAUGUUCUUGUGGGCCAUAAUCCAUAUCUUAUGACAUCAAACAUAGGUCAAAAUUUAAUACGAGAUGCUACCUGCCUUAAAUUUUAGUUGAAAAACUUUUACAUAUUGCUGACUAUAGCUACAGUAAAUUCUUACAUUUCACACGCGCACAAAAAAACAAACAAACAAUAUAACAAAAUAUUCCUGACUGUCUACUGUCCGAAACUGAACCGCUAAAGGAUAAGCUUGCUAACCUGCUAGCUGAGAAAAGAUUGUGCAGUUGUCAUUUACAGAACCAGGAGUCAGAAGACAGAAUUUGGUUAUUUAAAAACUUCUAGAAGGUACUUAUAUAUAUAUUAUAAUGCUGUUGAACGUGUAACCAGGCUAGUAGCACCACUUAUCAAACUGUGAUGGUUCAGUGAAUUUGUAUCUUCUUCUUUGUACCUCAUGUGUGUGUGCCUUCUGAAAACACCCGUUACAGCGCAAGCAGAAUAUUUUGCAAAUAAUUAAUAAAACUAUUCAAUUCAA